AUGCUGACAUGGCUUCGUGACCAACCCGAGAGUGCUGUGGACGCGCGAAUGGCCCAUAAUGUCGGUGUUUAUGGCGACUAUAAUUUUCUUGACUCACAGAUUAUUCGAUCACCUUUUGGAAUGCGGGCCAUUCAAAAGUCGAUAAAUCGCAGUUUGCCGGGUCUUGUUUCUGCCGUGGAUGAAGAGGUUCAGCAUGCUGUCAGUUCGGCCCUGAAGGAUGUUGGGAAUGACUGGGAGAGUAUCAACCUCUGGAACAUGUGGCAGGCCAUUGUGCCCUCCGUGACCAACCGUAUGCUUGUCGGCUCUACUCUUUGUCGCGAUGAACAGUUUAUUGAAGCUAUGGUUUCUUUUACACAUGUGGUACUGCGAAACUGCGUCCUGCUGCGCUUCGUGCCACUCAUUCUACACCCUGUUCUAGGCCGAAUGCUGGCAUUAUCCAAUUGGUUCUAUUGGCGACGGGCAUACCGUAGAGUUGGACCUGUGAUAGAGACUCGGAUUGACUGCAUGAGCCGCAAAGCCAACGGGGACCCGGAGCUGCACAACUGGUUCCCCCCAGAGGAUUACAUCACUUGGCUGAUUCGCUUGGCUUUGGAGGAGAAUCGCGAUCAAGAGCUGGAUCCUGUAGUCAUCUCAAAGCGCCUGCUGCCUAUAGAGUUCGCAGCCAUCGACACAACCGUUCUCACUGGCGUCUUGUGGAUUCAAGACCUGCUCAAACCACCAUCCGCAGUAGAAGAUCUCACCGCCGAACUGCGUGCCCAUCGGCCGGCUCCUGGAAAAUCUUGGUCUGCCAAGGCGUUACAAUCACUCCUUCAAGUGGACUCAUCCAUCCGCGAGUCGCAGCGUCUUAGCAACUUCCAUCUAACACUUGUGGAACGCGUCGUCGUGGCACCGGACGGCUUGUGCCUACCUGGUCUUGGUUGGAAGAUACCGAAGGGCGCCCACAUUACCGUUAAUAUGGACGGCAGCCAUCACGACGGUGAUUUAUACCAUGAUCCCCACAUGUAUGAUGCGCUGCGCUUCUCAAGAAUGCGUAAGGAGCGUGACGAGCAUCACAACGCCAGCAAUGACGCGGCAAAACCUCUGGGUAUGGUGACAAUGAACGACCACCACUUUCCAUUUGGCCAUGGAAAGCAUGCAUGUCCCGGCCGCUUCUUUGUUGCGCACGAGAUGAAGCUUAUAGCAGCGCAUUUAUUAUUGAACUUCGACCUGAAGAUAGAGGACAAUACUUCAAACCGGCUAUGGGUCGGCUCUGGCAUGAUGCCGCCCUUCAGUGGACGCAUCAAAGUGCGGAGGAAGUCGUCCUCGCGGGGUAUAAUCAUGAACGCAGUUACAUCGUGA